GAUGGGGCUGGAAUGUAUUACGUAGAAUCAUUGACAACCAGGGCACAUCGCAUUCUACAGCUAGCCCGGCAAGAGGCCCUCUUACAGGUAGCGCCGACAAAAUAACCCUCUCUAAUUAGUCUACAGAGCCUAGCUGCGAGGUUUCUGAAGUAUUUUGCCAACAUGGUUGUAGUUUCAGUGAAGUGUGUAUAUCCCGCGUUCUUUUGUUACCUGAUACGUUGUUGACGGAACAUUGCUGAGAGGGCACUCGAGAACUCGGAGGGGCCACCUUAUGCACCGGUAAGGUGCAAAAUGGCAGGGCAUCUCGUUCUUUCAGUUUGGACACACGGGUGGAACACUUGAGUCGACCGUAUCGUGGUAUUGUCGUGUGAGAAUCGGGGACAUAUCGUGGUAUUGUCGUGUUAGAAUCGGGAAUGUACACAGUUCCACAUUACAUACAUCGUAGUAUUGCCGAGGUAGAUUCGGAGGCCUACUUGUGAAACACCGGACGUGAAAUUAACCAUCGUGUUGUUAUCGUGUUUCGGUAAUAUUGUCGUGUUAAAAUCGUGGGCAUAUCUUGUUAUUGUCCCUUUAGAAUCGGGGACGCACAGGUGGUAUACACCUGCCGUGAAUGACGUACAGCCCGACGCCACAUGUAUCAGAAACACGUGGCGACGACGACAACUUAAUUAGACUCGAUUCGCCGAGCGUUCAUCGGGAAUGUUCCCGCAACACGCUGAGAUUCGCAGCGGUGCAUGGUCACAGUUUGUAUGCAUGCAGAAUUUAUUUCCAAGGGUUGUCAGCACGUGAUUGAUGAAUCAGAUGCAUUAAAGUCUCCCCGUUUUUAUUGGGAAACGUUAACGCCGCAUCCGUGUGAACCCACGCGUUACAACUAGCCCAGGCGAUAAGCCAAGGGAAGGAUAUAUCCUGCCUUCGGGUGAGGGAAAUAGAUUAAAACAGAUACAUCUUGCAUCCUUAGAUGAAGAGGAUGAAGCAAGAGCUGAUGAAAGCGCUCUUCUUCUCCCAUAGCGUCUGGGAAUCCGAGCUUCAAAUUGCCUAAAACCCACAAAGGCGUGGAACUGUCUGGUAACCAGAUUCAAAGGACGGAGCAACAAACGACGACAAGUAAGGAUUCUCUCUUUUCAAAAGAUAGCGGGGGAGAGCGCCGUUUAGAACAAUAUAGUACAGAUUGUUUGCUUCCAUCGGAGAUGUCUGAAACCCGGUUCAUCAACGUGCAGCGCUGAGGGAAUUAGAUUCAGAAGACGGAACAACAAGAGACAACAAAGCUGGGUAUAUCUUAGCAACGACAACAAGGUGGCAACUUUCUUUAUUUUUAAGACAACGACGGGAAGACGGUAUUUUGCCCAAUUUUAUCCGCGAUAAAGACAGAAAAUCCGAUCUUGUAAUUUUCUAAGACUUGCAGCGGAGGACAAGUCUGUGUAAAACGACAACACGCCAACAGCUCCCUCCUCUUAAAGACAGAAGAUCGGUGUUUAGUGCAACACAGAACAGAUCUAUUCCGACAGGAAGACAGAAAAUCCAAUAUUCGAAAUAUCCGAAAAAAUUUCGAAUUUUUAAAGACAGCCAGGAAUACAGUGUUUUGGGCAGCAUAGUGCAAAUCUCCACCGUUCCUCUAUGUGCUUUAUGUCUCGUGUGGCGCGAGAGCAAUCAUCCGGCCAUUCACCAAAUGAGACAAAGGCCUAAAUUUAUCGGGACAAAUCAUCUGCGGACGUCAGCGGCAAUCAGGCAAGGACCACCCGAGGUCGACACCGGUGAAUUCCCGUCGCUGCCUCCUAGCUACCUGUACGUACGUAGCGCUUCCUGAACCUCGAAGCGGAGAACUAACCCUUGUUACCGCCUGUAAGGUUUCGUAGCCAUCGAUCUAAAGGGUUUGCCCUUCGUGACUUUACAGGGGUUUUAAUGACCGGAUGCGUUGAUCACCAUCGCUAUAGCGGAUCCUGUUGUACUUUGAGGUAAGGAUUUUCAGGAUUAGCCCCGAAACUGCUAAUCUCCAUGUAAUCCUGGUCAAUCUUCUUUAGAUGUAUGUUUAUUAGAGCCCAGGUGAGGUAUACUGUGAGACGCACACACACGGGAUACGCUUAUCGACAUUCGAGACAAUUUGUCAACAAGGCUCGGGCAGAGGAUCCUAUGUCUUCGAGUGUGUAUCUGGAUACGAUCACAAUGUAUGGAGACAGACAGUUUUGGAAACAUCCCAUUGAUCGUUAGGCUGGACUCAGAUACAAUCGGAGUCUCAUCUGCGGUAAAACCACGCUCUUAUUAUAAACCCCUGACUAUAUAAUAGAAAACCAACCCACGCGAACGGGUACCGAAUGUGUUGACACCACUCAGGAGCAACUCAUUGUGCAUUCUCUCAACGUUGCAGCUGCGGAUCGCCACAGAGACGGUAUUCAUCAUUGUUAGCUUUGCUCUGUCGCAUGCAGAUAGGGAUAUAAAUGUACGUAUUGAUUUGUCAGGUAUAUAAAUAUAUGCAUUCAAGAAAGGGAGGACAGAAACCAGACUGAUCCGAGAACCUUUACUGUGUCUAAUUCAAGCACACUUGAAAGUGCAACGAGAUUCUGUGUAAAGCUCCUCGAAAAGGCACACUCAAGCAUAAAGGGAUCUCCUGGAAUAACGUUGUCAGACCAACGCAUUGCUUUUGCAGAGAGAGAGACCUGCUUCUGUAUGUAAGACAUAGUCUAGACUUGUUGGAAUCGCGCCAUUCUGACGACACGACAAUAUUUCAACUGCCUCUCAAGUGGUAACGAAUGCUGGCAACCUGUCAAGACAGGGCGGACUAGUUUAACCAACAGAAAAGGUAGUUGGAGGAUAAAAAAGGGUCACAGUUAUAAAUUUAAUCGUGGAUUCUCGACCUGGAAUUGCGAUGACCGAUAUAACUGUUAUAGAAUCUACGGAUGGAGGCUUUGACAAUGUCAACCCGGCCUCCAGUAACAACAUCUCAGAUAGAGCCUCCACCGGGACAUCGGGGAACAAGUCUCGGUCAUGGGCGAGCAUCGUGCGGAGGAAGUUCACUGUAUCCCUCGGCUCCCCUCGACUCGAGACGGUCUACCGUGGCUACUUCCGUAGACAGAAACGCGGAUGUCUCCUCUGCGUGCUCUUGAUCGCCAUCUUGUACGAGUUAAGGAUUCUGGUCAUGGACUGCGUGUCGUUCACCGUGGAUAGAGUGCCGACUAUCGUGCUGUCCGCGGUGCUGCUGUGUGUUCACGCCGUGCUGUUCGCGCUAUGCAAGGCCGGGAAGUGUUCGAAAAAGUUCGAGGAGAGGGUGCUGCCGUACCUGGUGUGGGCGCUGCUUACUGCGCAGGCGCUGACUUACAGUGGGCUCCAGAGGCAGAGACUGACGCCGACACACUCAUUGGAGUGGCAGCUUAUCAGCAACGGCCUUCUCUACGCAUGCGCCGUGACCCUGGGGGUCAUCUUCUACCUGUUGGUGGACCGGAAGUACCGGAAGUCGUUUCUGGACACCAGGUCGUCCCUGGAGGUCAAAGUUCAUCUGCAGGAACAGACUCAACAUCAGGAGCAGCUGCUGAUGUCCAUCCUGCCGCGUCACGUGGCGGAGGACAUGCGGAGGGGCAUGAGCAGGAAGGACACAGAGGACAGGCAGUUCCAACAGAUGUACAUCAAACGGCACGAAAACGUCAGCAUCCUGUUUGCUGACAUCGUGGGCUUCACGGCGAUCUCCACCACCGUGUCUGCUCAAGAACUGGUCAAGAUUCUCAACGAGCUCUUCGCCAGCUUCGACAAACUCGCCGAUAUCAACAACCAGUUGCGUAUUAAGAUCCUGGGCGACUGUUACUACUGCAUCUGUGGUGUACCUGUGCCGAGAAAGGACCACGCUGUUUGCUCCAUCAACAUGGGGCUGGAUAUGGUAGACGCCAUCGCGCAAGUGCGAGAAAAGACGAGAUCUCCGGUGGACAUGCGCGUUGGGAUCCACACGGGCGCGGUUCUGGCGGGGGUGCUGGGCCAGAAGCGGUGGCAGUUCGACGUCUGGUCGACAGAUGUCACUCUUGCAAACCAGAUGGAGUCCGGAGGGAUGCCUGGGAGAGUUCACAUCUCCAAGGCCACGCACGACUGUCUGAAUGGAGAGUUUGAACUGGAGCAGGGGAACGGGGCUUCCCGGAACGACUACCUCAAGUCACGUGGUAUCAAGACAUUCCUCAUCAAACGGAGAACAGAGAAAAGGGAGUUGGCGGCUUCUUUCCCGAAGAAGUCCGCCUGGAGUAGCAUAAUGAUAAAAAAUGGCGGCGUCAAGAAAGUGGACGAUGGAAAGAAGCCAACAGCGAGGCUGUGCUUCCAACGUCUGGCCAUUCGGGCACUCCGAAACGAGCAAGAGAUCAACAACCUGGUCAGAAAAACACUGGAGGAGCAGGAUUAUAAAGCGAUUGACGGCAAGGUCAACCCCGUGACCUUGAGAUUCAAGGACGCUGACCUUGAGAUGAAGUUCGGGAAGGAACGAGAGAAGCAGUGCGCGGUCUGCCUGGUCGCCUUCGCUGUGAUCCUGGUGUUCUGCUUCCUGGUCCAGAUCACAGUUAUUGCGCGGACCAUUAUGGCGGUUAUCGCCUUCGUCAUCUGUCUGGUGGGUAUCGUUUCCAUGGUGAUCGUGACGUCAGCCACUAUUUUCCACACGAACUUUCCUGCGAUGUUGGUGAGGGUGUCCAACUGGCUAGACGGAAACAGGUACAUCCGGAACACCUGGACACUGGUAGCUGUUACCAUGGUGAUCGCCGGGAUACUCAUCAACACGCUAUCCUGUGAUGUGACAGGACCUGUGCUGUUCUCCCCGCCCCUGGACAGACUGGACCUCAGCUGUCCCUACACACAGUACUUUGUCUUCGCAAUAGUCCUCAUGCUGUCUGGACUCACUAUGCAGAUGCACAUCAGUCACGUGACCAAGUUUCUGACGAUGUGCGUCAUCACCACUGUCACGUGCCUUGUCAGUUUCGUUCUGGAAAAUGGCGGACUCGGAAUAUCAAGAAGUGUCAAUCAGAACUUCACGGGAAACUCAACGGACAGCCCGGAUCCUGUUCCGCCUGCAGCGCAGCUCUGCGUCAGUCUGUCCGUCAUCACCAUCUGUCUCCUACUCAUCUGCAGACAGAUGGAAAGUGCGACACGGCUUCUCUUCCUGUGGAAGAUGGAGACCACUAAGCAGCGUGAAGAGGUCGGGCAGAUCAGGAAACAAAACGAGGAUCUUGUGAACAACAUCCUCCCUCCCCACGUGUCAACGCACUUCAUCGGGGUCAAGCGGAAGGACGAGGAGUUAUAUAGCCAGUCCUAUGAGGAAGUUGGCGUCCUGUUCGCGUCCAUCCCGAACUUCUCCGACUUCUACACGGAGGAGAGCGUGAACAACUCCGGCAUUGAGUGUCUCAGAUUCCUCAACGAGAUCAUCUACGACUUUGAUGCGCUCCUGAGUAAACCGAAGUUCCGCAGCAUCACUAAGAUCAAAACCAUCGGCAGCUGCUACAUGGCCGCCUCGGGACUCAACCCUGACGACAACAUGGCGCAUAGCCCUGACCGACUGGUGAGACUGAAACACCUAGCGGAUCUGGCCGACUUUGCACUCGCUCUAAAGGAGGCCCUGAUGAACAUCAACUACCAGUCCUUCAACAACUUCCUCUUGAGAAUAGGUAUCCACCAAGGCUCUGUUGUGGCGGGGGUCAUCGGCGCCAGGAAGCCUCACUAUGACAUCUGGGGGAACACCGUUAACGUGGCGAGUCGGAUGGAGAGUACGGGGCAACCUGGGCAGAUACAGGUUGUUGAAGAAACGAGCCACCUACUCAAGGAGUUCGGUUUCAAAUUAGAACAGCGAGGAGUAGUCAAGGUCAAGGGGAAAGGUGAACUGAUGACGUACUUCCUGAAGGGGCGGGAGAAACCGGAAGUCAGCAACAUCAGCCUUCCCAACGUCGUUGGCUGAAAACGUCAUCGCAGGUCGAUAGUACAUGAGUGCCAUGCACUGCGCUGUGAUUGGUCGACGACCAUUUAAACUGACCAAUAGCCAAGCUCUGACUGAUAGAAAAGGUGCAGAUAUAUUUAUUUACAUGUAUGACGUUGCUAUUGUUGUAGACACGUGACCUGCGCGUUGAGUGUCGCCAUGACAACAUACUCCAGACUUAUGAAGAAUAAAUCUGAUGUAUUCCAAGACAUUACAACACAGUAUUAGCCAGAAUAAAGUACAAUACUUAAGUUGGUUGUCACUUGAGUUGGUGUCGCAAUAAACAAGGACCAAUGUGAUAUUAUCACAAUGUCGUAGACUCUUUAA